AUGCAUCGUGACAUUGACCUGAGCUUCCGGAAGAAAGAGACGAGCAGCUAUAUAAAGCGGGGCUCCAAGCACAGUCUUGUUGUUGGAAUUUGUUUAGCACAAGCAAGUUACUUGUCACCUGUAAAUGGAAAUGGCUUUACUCUAAAUGGAAAUGGAAUACGCACAAAUGGCAAUGGAAAUACCAAUGGCGUAAAUGGCAAUGGCAUUUACAGAAAUGGGAAUGGUGCACAUACAAAUGGUAAUGGUAUAAAUGGCAAUGGCAGAAAUGGAAAUGCCAAUGGUGUAUUUUCUAAUGGAAAUGGCAACGGUGUAUAUUCUAAUGGGAAUGGAGGCAUAAAUGGUAACGGUGCGUACACCAAUGGAAACGGUAAUGGAGCAUACGGAAAUGGCAAUGAGGUCCACCGGUACGCAAAUGGACAUUUGGGAUCUUCAGAGUCUAGCUGA